AUGGACUCUAACUCCGACCAUUUCCCCGAUUCUGUCGAAUCCAAAAGCAAGUUCCAGCUAGGAUACGAGGCCCUCCGCUUCAGCGAGGGAAUCAAGCAGCGCAUCAAGGAGCACGGGGACGAGAUGCGGCGCAUCGCCACGGCCGAAGACAACGUUGAGUCACCCAAUUGCUUGGGACCAGACUCUUGGUUUUUCUUCAAAGAUCGCGCCUUAAACCCGUAG